AUGCAGUCCUCCCUGUUCACCGCCGAGGCCAUGGAAGGUGUCGAGUACACCUCACUCCCGAAGAUUGUCCUGCCGGCGGUCCCUCAGGCAGCCACAGUUGGCUCGGUCUGGCUCGGAGACCAGUCACUGUCCUCCCAGGACGCCCACAUGGACAACUCGCCCUGGAACGGCCCGGGCGGACGCUAUGUGAAGUGUCUCAAGCGAGACGCCAGCGGCAACUUGCCGUACGCUCCGUUUGCGUCGGAGAUUCAGCGGAUUUUUUCCGCUUGGGAGAGGCAGCCUGCUCAGGUGGGCCCUCAGCUGACUUCCGUUUCGAAACGGAUGAAGCUAGUCCAUCCCGGACUGCCCUGCUCCGAUGGCGGUCUCGCUCCGCUUCCUUCGUCUGCUCCCGCCGCCGCUUCCUCCUCUGGUCCCUCCGGUCCCUCUGGUUCCUCGUCCGGCAACCCCUCCUCCUCCUCCUCCAGCUCCCAGGCCCAGACGAUGGCCCAGGACGCGCCGGCUCGCGCCUCCGCUCCUGCCCCCAUUCAGCCAUCGUCGUGCGCGCCUUCCGGCCGCACCGGCCAGUCCGAUGAUGCCUCUGCCGCUCACCCCCCGGCGAGAGGAACAGGACUGGCGCCUGGCAGCUCGGCUCAGCCGUUUCCGGCUUUCUCGCCCGCCCCUGCCACCAAGGACGUCACCAUGGCCGACGCCACCACCACCUCGGCCUCAUUCGCGCCUGCUGCGCCCGCCCCAGUGCUCGCUUCGUCGGCUCCCGCAUUGCCGGUCGCCAGCGCCCAGCCCGUCGUCCUGGCGUCUUCGGACGACCGCAUGGACUUCGUGGCUACUGGCCCGGCGCGCGCCACGUCGCAGCCUGCCGCCGUCGUUCCCGCCGCGCCCGCCGUCCCUGCGUCCGCCAGUGGCAGCUCGUCUGCUGCUGGCCAGGUGAUGGUGGCCGGCAACGUCGCCCCCGCCGUCCGCGCCGCGCCCGUCCAGCCUGCGUCCGCCAGUGGCAGCUCGUCUGUCGCUGGCCAGGUGAAGACGGCCGGUAAGGUCGCGCCCGCCGUCCGCGCCGCGCCCGUUUUCUCUGCGUCUGCUGGUGGCAGUUCUUCUGUCGCUGGCCAGGUGAAGGCGGCCGGCAAGGUCGCCACUUCUUCGGCUCGUCCUCCUGCGUCGAGCUCCAAGGCUGAGGUGUCCGUGCCUUCGGGCUGCCCUUCGGGCAAGGACGUGGAAGCCAAGGACUCGUCGACGGAUGAGAAGAAGAAGUCGGGCAGCAGCAGCAGCGCCCCUGUCCCCGCUCCGACGACGGAGUCUUCCGGCUCCCGCCAGUCGAGCGCCAGGCCCACGGCCGCAGGUCCCUCGUCGACCGAGCCUGCAGUUUCCGCGGAGGAAAAGGCCGACAGCAUGAUGGACAUGCUGGAUACUCUCAUCGUCGACUAUGACGAGGAUGUUGAGGAUCCGGCUACUCCGGAAUUGCUGCUGGCCCACCUCGCGAACAUGCAAAAGGCCAUGCAGGACAUCGUUGGAAAGCGCCUUCUGAAGAAGGUCGCUGCGGAUUACAAGAAGCACUUGCCGAACGUUGAGAAAUACGCUCGGAGUGCUACCGUCAGCUCGUUCAACGAGUGGCUGCGCAAGUGGAAGGCCGUGGUCCACAAGACGCUCAAGUAUGAAGGCAUCUGA